ACAGUUCUUCGAACCUGUGUGAUGUGUCACUCUCUUCAUCGUUGUUCAUACACUCUUCACUUCCCCUUCCAUUUCCAUUUCCCAAUCCCCAUCAAUUCUCUUCCAAACCCAUCAAUUCACCUUUCCCAAUUCUCCAUUUCCUCUCAAUCCCCUCCCAAAUUCACUACAUUUCCCUCUUUACCAUACUCAAUUCAAUUCACUAAAACCUCUGCAUUUAUUGCAUCAGAUUCUGUAUUUUCUUCCCUAACCCUACCUACUCCCAAUUCAACUCAAAAAGCUUGUUUUUUUCCAUCUGGGUAUCAUUAAAUUUCCCAUCUUUUUCUUUACCAUCAUCAUUACUAUUGAUUCUUAUGAUGCAUGCCAAAACUGAUUCUGAUGUAACUAGCUUCGGUGCAUCAUCACCACCUAGACCUGUUUAUAUUGUGCAGAGUCCUUCAAGGGACUCUCAUGAUGGUGAGAAAUCUCCUUCCAUGCAUGCUACUCCAGCUAGUAAUAGUCCCAUGGAGUCACCUUCACACCCUUCCUACGGUCAUCACUCCAGGGAAUCAUCUUCCAGCAGGGUGUCCGGUUCCUACAACAACUCUUCUGUUUUGGGGAAGAAAGGGGAUCGGAAAGGUAAUGAUAGAGGGUGGCCUGAAUGUAAGGUGAUUGAGGAGGAAGGGGGUUAUGGUGAUUUUUACCGUGAGGAUAAGGGGUUGUCUAGGAGGACUCAGUUUUUUCUUGCAAUUGUUGGGUUUGUAUUGGUUUUCACUUUGUUCUGUUUGAUCAUUUGGGCUGCUAGUUCACCUUACAAACCUCAGCUCAGUGUCAAGAGUGUAACAGUACAUAACUUCUACUUCGGAGAAGGGUCAGACAGGACAGGAGUUCCAACUAAGAUGCUGACAGUGAAUUGCUCAAUGAGAAUGACAGUGCAUAACCCUGCACCAUUUUUCGGUAUUCAUGUCAGCUCCAAGCCAGUGAAUCUAAUGUAUUCUGAGAUUGUAGUUGCAACUGGUGAGGUGAAGAAAUAUCAUCAACGUCGAAAGAGUACCAGUACAGUGUAUGUCAACCUGCAAGGAAGCAAGGUUCCUUUAUAUGGUGCUGGUGUGAACUUAGCUAGCUUGGUGGAGGUGGACGAUCGGAAAAUACCAGUGAGGCUUGUCUUUGAUGUUAAAUCAAGAGGAAAUGUUGUUGGGAAGUUAGUGACUUCUAAACACACAAGGCAUGUCUCUUGCUCAGUUCCUGUUGAUUCCCACAACAACCACCCCAUCAAACUAAAAGAGAAUGCAUGUAGAUACUUCUGAAUGGUUUUGGUGUAGGAUCAACCGAGCAACUAGUUUCUUGUGUGCUAUACUUCAAUUUAUUCAGCUGACUUGAUAUUUCGUUUGAGACAUACUUAUGAAGGAAUGGAAAAUAUACUAGUAGAGAUUGUGAGAAAGUAUUAGACAGAUUAUUGAAGAAAAGCAUCUUAAUUUUAA